CGUGUUACAAGUAAAACGACUCUUUUCUGUCUUCUUGGUUUAUUUAAAGUUUUCCUGGUUAAUUCUCAUGUCCUAAUUAAAGUCGUGUCUCCAGACAUUAAUGACGUAAUUCUAUUUUGGUCAUCAAAAUAAUGGCUCAGCAAUUUUCGUUGUCUGUGUAACUUGUAGGACAACAAUUAAGUGCCGUGACUCACGAGCAGGAGGGUUUCAGCAUCGUUACCAUUCCUCGGACUGGGUAGACUGCUUUCUGGGACGCGUGUGUCAAAACUGAGGGAGUGAUAAGCAAACAGGAACUUGUUUUACAGUGACAUACAUACGAGUAGGUAAACGAAACAAGACUGGCAGGCAGGCAGCACGGUGUGAUUCUACUUUGUUUUUAAUUCACACUCCGUAUGGAGCCAACAAAUCUACAGAAAGCGAUUGCGGUGGCAAAGAAGGCCUCACAGGAAGACGAGGCUGGAAACUACGAGGAGGCCAUCCGCUCAUAUCAACAUGCUGUCAAGUAUUUUCUGCACAUUGUAAAACGUGAACCCCAGGGUAAAGAUGGCAACCAGAAGAUCAGAGAUACAUGCAAACAGUACCUGGACAGAGUGGAGGAACUACAAGAUUACCUGGAGAAGAAAGAGAAAGCAAUUGAUCUCGCCGGCAAGGCAGCUCAGGAGGAUAAAGAUCAGAACUAUGAGGAGGCUUUGCGUCUGUACCAAGCCGCUGUUCAAUACUUCCUCCAUGUGGUCAAAUAUGAAACCCAGGGUGACAAAGCGCGACAGAGCAUCCGAGCAAAAUGUGUUGAGUAUUUGGACAGAGCAGAGAAGCUGAAGGAGUAUCUAAAGAAGAAAGAGAAAGCUCCUCCUGCUAAGCCUGUCAAAGAGUCACAGUCUGAUGACAAAGGGAAUGAAAGCGAUGAAGGUGAUGAUCCGGAGAAAAAGAAGUUCCAAAAUCAACUCUCAGGUGCGAUUGUCAUGGAGAAACCAAACAUCAAAUGGAAUGAUGUUGCUGGCUUAGAGGGAGCUAAGGAGGCGCUCAAAGAAGCUGUUAUUCUUCCAAUAAAAUUCCCCCACCUUUUCACAGGAAAGAGGACUCCAUGGAGGGGGAUCCUGCUCUUUGGACCACCAGGUACAGGAAAGUCCUAUCUGGCUAAAGCUGUUGCCACAGAGGCUAACAAUUCCACCUUCUUCUCCAUCUCCUCAUCUGACCUCGUCUCCAAAUGGCUGGGAGAGAGUGAAAAGUUGGUGAAGAAUCUUUUUAGCCUUGCGAGGGAGCACAAGCCCUCUAUCAUCUUCAUUGAUGAGAUUGACUCCCUGUGUGGCUCAAGAAGUGAGAACGAGAGUGAGGCUGCUCGCCGUAUCAAAACAGAGUUCCUGGUUCAGAUGCAGGGUGUGGGAAAUGACAAUGAUGGAAUUCUGGUACUUGGGGCGACGAACAUCCCAUGGACCCUAGACUCAGCCAUCAGAAGAAGGUUUGAGAAGAGGAUCUACAUCCCAUUGCCUGAAGAGCACGCCCGCUCCUUCAUGUUCAAGCUCCACUUGGGCUCGACUCCCAACAGUAUCACCGAACAAGACUUUGUCACUCUGGGCAAGAAGACCGAAGGUUACUCAGGAGCUGACAUCAGUAUCAUUGUCAGAGACGCUUUAAUGCAACCUGUUCGAAAGGUCCAGUCAGCAACCCACUUCAAACGGGUACGAGGUCCAUCAAGAAAUGAUUCCAACAGCGUUGUAGACGACCUCUUGACUCCUUGCUCACCUGGCGAUCCCAACGCGAUUGAAAUGACAUGGAUGGAGGUCCCUGGGGAGAAAUUACUAGAACCUAUAGUAUGCAUGUCUGACAUGGUGAGGUCUCAGGCCAACACAAAGCCAACAGUCAAUGAUCAAGAUCUGGACAAACUGAAAAAAUUCACAGAGGACUUCGGACAGGAGGGUUAGGUGUAAUGAGGAAACCAAACCAAAGCAAAGGAAUUCUGAUUGUCUCUCAAUGUUUUUCUCUCUGUGUCUCAUAGUAAUCAUUCACCUGGCGGUUUAUCAUAAGUGGGCAAGAUUACUGCUCUGUUUUGCUAAUCUUAUAGCCCCAUACAUGGUGGAGUGUUAUUCGAUGUUCACGGUUGUCCAAAGAAGACUUUCCAACUGCAGCUGACCUUAUAAAAAAUCACUAUGAUAUAGGGAAUUACGUUUGACUUUAUGCACUAAAGACCAAAGGUAUUGAUGAGCAGAAUACCCAAGGGACUUAAGGAGACUUAUGGCAGACAAACACAACAUUUAUUGCAAACAAGGCUAUUGGAAUCAAGAUAAUUUAUUUUAAGUAAAGACAAGCUCUUGUGUCCUUAUUCCCCUGUCAGAUUAAAUCUAUUUAGGCUGAUAAAUACCCCUUAUAUAUUUUAUAUAAGAAACAAGCAUUUUGUAAUGUAUACUGUUCUUUGUGGAAUGUUAAAAUUUUGCGCUAUAAGAAGUGAAGCUAGGCAUGACUUCAUAGGAUUAGCUGAGGUGGAAUCUCAAGGUAGAUGCCAUUUAGUCUUUUAAAACAGAUACUCAGGAUAAGAGCUGCAUCAGGCCCUCUUGAAACAUUGGAUGGUUUAUCCAGGUUUCUUCCAAAUGACAGUUGUAUUUGUUUACUCAUUUGAACAUAAAACAUGUCUGUAAGGGUUGAUCACCAAUGGUGCCAGACCAACCAUAAUUUUACAAUUUUUUUAAGGACUCAAUAGCUUUGAAUUCUUUCUUCACUCAGCUCAUGGUUUCCUCCAGCAGUCUACUAUACACAUGUUUUGUUACUAUUCAAAAGCUUUGCAUAUGAUGCUUAAUACAAACUGCAAAAAAUAAAUAAAUAAGCCUUAUAUAUAGAUGAAGUCACUUUGCAGAUUUUGUAAAAUCUAAACAAACUGAGGUGUUGGACUGGGAACACUGACUGCACAUGUUAAGAGAUCAUUUUCUUGUAUACUAAACACAGGGAUGGGUCUCCAAGCAUGAGCCAUAUGUAGCCAUAUGUGGCAGUGUGCAUUAUGUGCCUUCUGAAAAAAAAAAAAUGCAGGAUUCUUUUUUGUUUUUUUUCUGAAUUGAUCAUACUGCAUAUGUAUCCAGUGCUUCGCCACUACACCUAAGACAUGUAUAAUACUUGCACAUUUCAUGUAAGCUCUUUUCGAGGUUGUAUACAGCUGUACUCUUGUGCUUCUGAGGUGUGAAAACUGUCUUUUUUUUUUAGUUUUGAUGGGGAACAUCUUUUACUUUACUGUAAGUGUCUAUACAUAUAUCCAACUUUUGAGCCCUUUCUCUGUGAAGAGGUCACAUGCAUACGAUUUUCUGUUUUGUUUUUUUCGUUUCUAUAAUGUAAAUAAAAGUUAUAGCUGCGUACAAUAA